GUUUGAGUCAGUGAGUUGUGCAAAGUUUGUCUCGGGUGUCUUUUAGAAUGAUACUUUUAUCGUAAUAAACAUCAGCGAUAUACGGUAGCCUACCAAAAUUCUACAUUUAUGAGAAACUCUCUCGAUAAUAAAUGUGCUCCCAACAAUCUAUUCUGCGGCGUCACAAAGCAAGAAGGAUGCUUAUGGUUUGUGUGUAUUGAUAAAAUAUAAACUGCGCCCAUGUGAGGAAUAAUGAUAUCUGCCAAGGCUUCACGACUUCUGCUAAACAUGUGACCAUAGCGUGCCAGUUCGUGGUUUUCCGUACUGCACUUUUCAGAUCUAACACUGGGAAUAGUAAAAAUAACACCACCAUUCCAUACUCCGAGAAUUAGACUAUCGAACAUGGACAUUAAGGACCAAGGCGCUCAAAUGGAGGCGCUACUGCCAACGAGAAAUGAUGAAGAGGCUGUGGUGGACAGAGGUGGAUACCGGUCCAUGGUGAAAACCAAUUUUGAGAAGGAGGAACUCGAAGGUCACAGGACACUCUACAUUGGGGUACAUGUCCCCAUUGGGAAGAAGAGCCACCGGAGACAUCGGCAUCACGGACACCGACACAGGAAGAGAAGCAGGGAGCUGGACUCUGGAGUGGACAAUGGAAGAGAGUCUCCCACAUACUACACGCCAUCCCAGAGAGUGCAGUUCCUGCUGGGCACAGAGGAUGACGACGAGGAGCACAUCCCCCAUGACCUCUUCACUGAGCUGGACGAGAUCUGCCUGAAAGACGGAGAGGACGCCGAGUGGAGGGAAACCGCCAGGUGGCUGAAGUUUGAAGAGGACGUGGAGGAUGGAGGAGAGCGCUGGAGUAAGCCCUACGUGGCCACGCUGUCCCUGCACAGCCUGUUCGAGUUGCGCAGCUGCAUCCUCACUGGCAUCGUGUUGCUAGACAUGAGGGCCAGCUCCGUGGAGGAGGUAGCAGACAUGGUGUUGGACCAGCAGGAGACCGUGGGUCCUCUGGGGGACGAGGUGAGGAGGAAGGUGAGAGAGUCCCUCCUCAAGCAGCACCACCACCAGAACCAGAAGAAGCUGGCCAACCGCAUCCCCAUUGUACGGUCCUUCGCUGACAAGAAGCAGUCCGAGCCCCAGUCCAUGGACAAGAACGGUCAGAUGAUUCCUCCCCAGACCUCUCUACCCAUCCCCAAUGACGGCAAAGCUGAUGUCAGCAGAGAGAACAGUGCUGUGGACUUCAGUAAGAUAGACCUCCAUUUCAUGAAGAAGAUUCCCCCGGGAGCGGAAGCGUCCAAUGUGUUGGUGGGUGAGGCGGAGUUCCUAGACAAGCCUGUGGUGGCGUUUGUACGUCUCUCACCUGCAGUCAUGCUCAACGGGCUGGCUGAGGUCCCCAUCGUUACCAGGUUCUUGUUCAUCCUACUAGGGCCUCUUGGGAAAGGGCCACAGUACCAUGAGAUUGGCCGAUCCAUCGCAACACUAAUGACAGACGAGGUUUUCCAUGAUGUUGCCUACAAAGCGAAGGACCGCAAUGAUCUGAUUGCUGGAAUCGAUGAGUUCCUGGACCAGGUUACUGUCCUGCCACCAGGGGAGUGGGAUCCUUCUAUACGAAUAGAGCCACCAAAAAAUGUGCCGUCUCAGGAGAAGAGGAGGAUUGCAGCACAGACCGGCACAGACCUAGGUGAUGAAGAGGAGCACGAGGGACAUGGUGGUCCGGAGCUGCAGCGGACAGGACGAUUAUUUGGUGGUCUCUUGAUGGACAUCAAACGCAAGGCGCCCCACUACCUGUCCGACUACACAGACGGUCUCAGCCUGCAGUGCUUGGCCUCCUUCCUCUUCCUGUACUGUGCUUGCAUGUCACCUGUCAUCACAUUCGGCGGUUUACUGGGAGAGGCAACAGAAGGACGCAUAAGUGCAAUUGAAUCACUGUUUGGCGCCUCAAUGACAGGAAUAGCCUAUUCCCUCUUUGCUGGCCAGCCACUCACCAUAUUGGGCAGCACAGGGCCUGUGCUGGUGUUUGAGAAGAUAUUGUACAAAUUCUGCAAGGAGUAUGGAUUAUCCUACCUCUCACUGAGAACCUGUAUAGGGCUGUGGACAGCAUUCCUCUGUCUGCUCCUGGUGGCCACAGAUGCCAGCUCCCUGGUCUGUUACAUCACACGAUUCACAGAGGAGGCCUUCGCCUCGCUCAUCUGCAUCAUCUUCAUCUACGAGGCCUUGGAGAAGCUCAUCCACCUGGGGGAACACUACCCCAUCAACAUGAACAACAACCUGGACAAACUCACACGAUACUCGUGUUCAUGUGUUGAACCUCCGGAUCCCAGUAAUGCCACCCUACGGUACUGGGAGCAGAACAACAUUACUGCUUCGGAGAUCUAUUGGGAGGCACUUGAGGUCAAGGACUGCAUAAAGAGGCGAGGGGAGUUUGUGGGCACCGCCUGUGGCCCUCAUGGACCCUACAUUCCAGAUGUUCUCUUCUGGUCUGUCGUUCUCUUCUUCUCCACUGUCUUCAUGUCGGCUUUCCUCAAAGAGUUCAAGUUCAGCCGUUACUUCCCCACCAAGUUGAGAGCCGUCAUCAGUGACUUUGCUGUGUUCAUCACCAUCUUUACCAUGGUCCUGGUGGACUAUGUCUUAGGGGUCCCGUCUCCAAAACUAAAAGUCCCCAGUGUGUUUAAGCCGACCAGAGAUGACCGUGGUUGGUUGAUCAGCCCGUUAGGCGGAAACCCUUGGUGGACCACCUUAGUGACAGUGAUCCCUGCUCUGCUCUGCACCAUCCUCAUCUUCAUGGACCAGCAGAUCACCGCGGUCAUCAUCAACAGGAAGGAGCACAAACUAAAGAAAGGCUGUGGGUAUCAUCUGGAUCUGUUUGUGGUGGGCAUCAUGCUGGGGGUGUGCUCCAUCAUGGGGCUGCCCUGGUUCGUGGCUGCCACCGUGCUCUCCAUCUCCCACGUCAACAGUCUGAAGCUAGAGUCGGAGUGCUCGGCCCCCGGGGAACAGCCCAAAUUCCUGGGCAUCCGGGAGCAGCGCUUCACCGGCCUCAUGAUCUUCCUGCUCAUGGGCUGCUCCGUCUUCAUGACCUCUGUGCUCAAGUAUAUUCCCAUGCCUGUCUUGUAUGGAGUAUUCCUGUACAUGGGAGCAUCUUCGCUCAGAGGGAUACAGUUCUUUGACCGUCUGAAGCUGUUUGGCAUGCCAGCCAAGCACCAGCCUGACUUCAUCUACCUGAGAUAUGUUCCCCUGAGGAAGGUCCACCUCUUCACCAUCAUCCAGCUCAGCUGCUUGGUCAUGCUCUGGGUCAUCAAGACCUCCAAUUAUGCCAUCGUCUUCCCCAUGAUGGUGUUGGCUCUGGUGUUUAUUAGGAAGCUGAUGGAUUGCUUCUUCACCAAGAGAGAGAUGAGCUGGCUGGAUGAUCUCAUGCCAGAGAGUAAGAAGAAAUUGAAGGAUGCUGAAGAAGAGGAGGAGGAGCAAAGCAUGUUGGGAGAGGAAGAGGGAGUAGUGCAAUUACCAUUAGAAGGAUAUCAAAAGAGUGAAUCCGUACUCAACAUCACAGAUGAAAUGUCCAAAGGCUCUUUUGGAAACACGUGGAAUGUCAACUCCGACAACUCAAAAUGGUAUUGCAUUGCCUCAAGCACGUUUCCCCAAAAUCAGCACAUUGAAGUUUUCCAUUUAAAACGUAUCUUUGUUUCUCUUCUGUCAGUUUGCAUAAAAAUGUGUCUUAAUUGAAGAUAUGUGCCUGCAACUCAAACGUUCUUGCACAUUUCCCCACGUCUUCAAUCCUUGUGAAAAGUUUGUUGAGAAUAUACUGAAUAGAUACCGUGUCAUAACCAUUAUAUUGGAAACUGAUGACAAUGUACCAUUGAAUUUAUAAAAUGCCUCAUAUUGACCAAGUUCCAUGCUCAUAGAGAAUUUUCAGGAUAUUGAUAUGUCAUGGCUAUUGUAUAUGAACGAAAUUGCAGAUUGUCAUCCACUUUAGAACUGAUGAAUUUUCUUGACUGUAUUUUCCCAUUCCAUCUCUGUCAUAAACUCUCUUAUGUCCUCUAAGAUGCUGAACCCCUCAAAGGUAAGAGUCUGAUCCCCGUGCCCGUUUGAGCAUCCUUACUCCAUUUGGUGACCAUCACUUUUUGGAAUAAAAAUAAUUAUGUUUAUCUUUGCAUGAUAUGAGGCAGGAUUAUACAAUGUCUUAUUCCUCAAUUUACCAUCAGGUUGAAAUUAUAUGCUGCUUAUUUUGCAUCUUUCAAAUUGUCAUGUUAUGCAUUUUCGAGUUCAUGAACACUGGGAGAGCACAGCUCUUUGAAACUCUUUGACGACUGCCAAUGUUAGGCAAAGGUCAAUAUUAUGGAUGCUAAAUCCGUUACCUGUUCACUGCUUGGAAUAUAAACCCAGCGUAUUACAGGCAGUGACAAAUGAAUGUGCUCGGUCUAAAGUGACAUGACUGAGAAAGCAAGGAUGUAAAGUAGGAAAGUGCAUCUCUGACAACAUGAUGCUGCUGUGACAAUCAGGCUCUGCUAGCAUGACAGUCAUCCCUCUACCCAAUCUACUAUGCCUCAGCCAAUGGCCGUGACGGGCAGUUCGGCAAGGAGCACGACAGCGUACUAGCUGCAGGCUCCCAUUACGCAACAGCUGGAGAGUGUAAUUAUAUUAGUACAUCUCUCUUGUGAAAACUGCUCUUUCAUGAACAUUGUCUGAGAUUCUGAUCCCAUUAUACUUCUCAGCUGCCUGAACAUACAGUGCAACUCUGUAUGGGAUGGGAUUACCAUGCGAUUUAUUAAAGCACAUCAAUAUGGUGUUAAUGUUCACGUUAAAGCCCCUCCCCACUAAAACAUCAGUUGAUGAUACAUUUGGGGACACAGAUUAAGCCUAAUCCUGGACAAAAAAAUGAUUCAUAAUGGAGAAUCUCCAUUGUUGGAGCCGGACAGCUGAUAGUUAUAAGCUACGUUCUGAAAUUGUAUACUUGAAGGCACUAACAGCCAGUGUUGAUACCCACAGCUUAUCCAAGAACAGGAAACAAAAGAAGAGGAGAAAUAUGCAGAAGGGCUGCUUCGCAAGGGAGACAAGCCUAUGACGUUUCCCCCUUCACUGUGUUGAAAACAAAUCAAAAUUGUGUGCCACAGUUUACCAUUCCUUUACAUUUGUCUUGUAAAUCUUUGUGUGUAUCAAAAGCGUUAGUGUUUAUAGUUUCUGUGUCGGAAGCUGCUUCUUUGUUUUUAUUUGUUUUUGUGUUUUUAAAUGUCAAGUAAUACCCGCGUGAUAUAGGAGAGGUAAGUUUGACUGUAUGUGAAAGCAACAGAAUGUUAGGAUGUAUCGAGGAUGUAUCUGUCACAUUGAGAAACUAUUUUCAGCUUGAGUUUGUUUUUUUAAUUUAUUGAAUGUAUUUUGUAUGUUUUUGUAUUUUUUUCAAUAUCAUAAUAUGACAGUUGUUUUGAAAUUGCUAAAUUAUCCAACCAGAUAAACAAUCGAUUAAAAAAGUGUGUACAAUACUGCAGUUAAAGACUAUGUACUGUGCAUCAGUAUAUACAAUUGAUGAGUUCAUAUAUCUACAAAAUAGGGCAAAGUGAAAAUGUACUGUAUGCAAUGCAACUUUAAUUAAUCCACUUUUAUGAAAUAUACAGCAUCUGAUGAACCUUUUACUGCAGUGGGCUCAAUCAGGGUCACUUGGAGUGUUUCUUGGUCGUCUUAAACAAAUCUACUUUGACACAAAAGUAUACACCUCACACAGAUGGUUAUGGGUUUAAACAUUUUUUAUUACCUUUUAAGUUUGCAUCCCGGCGUUUAAAAAAAAACAACAUUUCACCCAUGCGGCCACUAGGUCGUUUGACUGCAGGAAUUGGCUACUUUCAUUGGCAAAUAAAAAUCUACAGUAUCUGUGUUUAAAAUAUUCAAUGCAUUAUGAGUUUAGCUAUUUGCAAUAGUCUUUAAGCUUAGAAUAUUUUCCAAUUGUGUUACUACCAGUAAAGAGAUUAGCUGAAAAUAGCAUUUUUAUAUUAUUUAUUGUUGGCAAUUUAUUCUUGGUCAAAGCGCAACCAUUGCAUUGAGCAUUUGAUUAGUAAAACGCCUGACUUACGUUGUAGAAUACUGUUAUGCAUAUCAAUAGAUAGUAUUGAAACAAUGUUCAAGAAGAAAAGAAAAUCCUGGCAUUUAUUUUAAAUCAUAAUAUUUGUUGCCAAAGUUGAAAUAGUUGCAGUUAUUGCAGUAUAUCAAUAUUUUCAAGCUGCAAAGUUUAUGCUUGUGUGUUCUCUUUUAUUUGAGUUUUUUGUCAUGGGGGCAUUGUGUGUGCCCAGGAAUGAUUGUCCACUUAGUAACUAAAUAUGAAGCUUAACUGAUACUUGAAGGCGUCUGCUAAAGGGCAACACACAUGGGCUAUAGAAACAAAUGCAAUAGCACUUUUUCUAGAAGGGGAGCAUUUAUAGGAGCUAUAUUUAUUGUUAUAAAGAUUAUUAGACUAUAUUUCCUUUGUACAAUACCAACAACGAAUUUGUUCACAUCUAAUUUUCUAAGCCUAUUUAUCUAUAAUACCUUUUGCUUAAUUUUAAAUGAUCAAUAUCUGCAAAAUAUUUUGAAAUCUCUUGUUGAACAUUUCUACUCUGCUACUACUACUCGUGUUACUAAUUGUACUUAGCUCUGAAUAAAUGUGUUUGAAAAGUCA